CUCCAACCUCCCCCUCUCUUCUCUCCCCGUCCUUGUAUUAAUACUAAUUCCUAUCCCCUGCUCUGCUCUGCCCGCCCCAUGCUAGGCUAGGCUGCCUUCCUUGUGCUGGUAGUGGUACCUCCAGGUUAAUGCUACCUUACCUACUUACUGGUGUUGGUCCCUUUGCUUUGCCUUACCUCACCUCACCUCAACUUUGCUUUGCCUUGGUUUCCUGCCUGGCUUGCUUUUCUGCAGCGGUAUCUGUUCUGCUGCUUUGCUUCAUCGAGGCCCACUACCACUGUACAAGGCCUGUGCCUCUCUUUUUAACUCUUGCCAGCGCCUGUGCCUCUUUUCUUUUUGCUUGGACUGGACCCUUUACCUGCUGGUAGUUAGUCGCACGUCAAUCAAUCAAUCGUGUGUGUCUGUCUUCCACUCCCGCUCACCUCCUCUUGUUGCAGGUUUCAAAUUUCCGUCGACGGUCAUAGGUAGCCUCCUCAGUUACUCCCAGGCUCUCCACCUCCACCCAUUCGCUGGCCUAGAUCCAGAACCCAAACCAAAGCAGACCAGACCGAACCGAACCAAACCAAACCAAAGCGCACCUCAACGCAACUCCAUACCAAUCCGCUACCUACCUAGACCUACCGAAAGCCGCAUCCACCGCAUUCUUGACUUGUCUUCAACCACCUCAAUCCGUCAUCAAACAGUACAGCCCCAACAUAUUCGCCUUUGCUCGACUUAUCAUCCUUAUUUCGACCUAUUCUCCCCGACACCUAGUUGGGCUCGACUUUCUCCGCUCCGCAACCCCCCCGCUCUCUCACUGUAGUCGCGCGCAUCCGCCCGCCAAUAGAGCUUGACCACUCGACCGCUUGCAUUUCACUUUAACAUAGACGAGCUCCUACCGAGGAGCUUUCGUGAGGAACAAUGGCUGUUGUCGCAACUAUCAAGUGCGUCGUCGUCGGUGACGGUGCUGUUGGAAAGACCUGUCUUCUCAUCAGCUACACAACAAACAAGUUUCCAUCCGAAUAUGUCCCUACAGUCUUCGACAACUACGCAGUUACGGUUAUGAUAGGAGAUGAGCCGUACACUCUCGGGUUGUUCGAUACCGCUGGUCAAGAAGAUUAUGACAGGCUGCGACCUCUUUCAUAUCCUCAGACCGAUGUCUUCCUCGUCUGCUUUUCCGUCACCUCGCCUGCUUCCUUCGAAAACGUCCGCGAGAAGUGGUUCCCCGAGGUCCGCCACCACUGCCCUGGCGUGCCCUGUUUGAUUGUCGGUACCCAGGUGGAUUUGAGGGACGACCCUAGUGUUCGAGAAAAGCUGUCAAAGCAAAAGAUGCAACCAGUACGACGAGAGGAUGGUGAACGAAUGGCGAAGGACCUGGGUGCUGUCAAGUACGUUGAGUGCAGUGCUCUCACCCAGUAUAAGCUCAAGGAUGUAUUUGACGAGGCUAUCGUUGCAGCACUUGAGCCCCCUGCUCCUAAAAAGAAGUCACACAAGUGCCUCGUCCUAUAAACGGAAAUGGGAUAGCCGCAGCCGAGCUAUGACACCACCUUCUCCUACUUGCCCUGGGAAUUUUUGGUCGAGUUAGGAACAUGCCCAGUAGAUAUGCACGAAUAGAGUUCUUUGGUGAAGGUACGGCAAGACGACAUUGGGAUAACCUGCGCUGGUGGAAUGGAACGAAAUGGAUUUCAAAGGGAGUGAUCGUUCUUUGCAUGAGGGGAACUAAGAGACGGAACAAGACUCGGGGAGCAGGCGUCCUGUUCCGCAACGAGAAGAGGAAGAAGGGUUUGAAAGGGUGACACCACCGAUCGAGAGCUGCCGGGUGCCGCUGUGCGUAGCCCCCAGCCGGAACUUCCACCGAAAAGGCUCUUCUAUUCCUGUGGUCUCCCCGAGUUUCUUAAGGCUGGAAUCCAAUGCAUCUUGUUCUCUGCCCCUCGCGAGAUGGAUCAAGUGGCAAGAGAGAGGACUGGUAGCGGACGAAGACAACGAUUCACACAUCUAGGCGGGAAUGCUUUGAUAGGAAAGUUUGGCGAUUGGGGUGAUUUACAUCAAUGUCUUGUCUUGAUUCAUACUAAGUUAUAGAAAAUUUUGUAUUUCAUGUUUGAAUCUUUCAAUGGAUCAUGCCGACUGGCACAUGAGGACGCAUAGUGGCAUGAGGUAUGGUCUUUGCUUUCGACUGGACCAGCAAGUAUGUUAGAUCUUGCGGGGUCCAGAGCUACUAUACUCGGUAAAGCUCUUCAUAUGUACUUGACCUG